GCCGGAGGACGUGCUGGGGCUGCAGCGGAUCACGGGCGACUACCUGUGCUCCCCUGAGGAGAAUAUCUACAAGAUCGACUUUGUCAGGUUUAAGAUUCGGGACAUGGACUCAGGCACUGUCCUCUUUGAAAUCAAGAAGCCCCCGGCCUCGGAGCGGUUGCCCAUCAAUCUGCGGGACCUGGACCCCAAUGCUGGGCGCUUUGUCCGCUACCAGUUUACGCCUGCCUUUCUCCGCCUGAGGCAGGUGGGAGCCACGGUGGAGUUCACAGUGGGUGACAAACCAGUCAACAACUUCCGCAUGAUUGAGAGGCACUACUUCCGCAACCAGCUACUCAAAAGCUUUGACUUCCACUUUGGCUUCUGCAUCCCCAGCAGCAAGAACACCUGCGAGCACAUCUACGACUUUCCCCCUCUCUCUGAGGAGCUGAUCAGUGAGAUGAUCCGCCACCCAUAUGAAACACAGUCUGACAGCUUCUACUUCGUGGAUGACCGGCUGGUAAUGCACAAUAAAGCAGACUAUUCCUACAGCGGGACACCCUGACCCCCAAAAUCACCCCUACCCCAGGAGGCUCUGGUCCUGAGCCCUGAGCUAUGAUCUCAACACUCACCUCUCAACCCAGGUUUUCAGCUUGGGGAGUGCUCCAGGAGCCCUGGACCCUGAGUCAAUGUUGGGAUGAAGGGGGCUUGAUGUCCCCAGUACAAGCCAUGAAGCCCAUGGGGCCUGGCGCGUGGGAUAGGGUGGUAGGGGGGCUGUUUGCCUCCGUGUCCAAGAGGGCACCCUGUGAGAGGAGCAGCCAGGACUUCAGGACAGCUUAGCUGAGACUUCUUGGUCCCGUUUCAGAAUAGUGUUCUCCUGUCCAGGCUGUGACUAGGUCAAGGCAGGGAUCCAUUCUCUGUUCCCUGCCACCUCCAGGCCAUUUAGAGUUGUAUUCAGACAGAGAUUCAUGGUGGGGUCUGGCUGCUAAGCUUCCCAAAGGAGUCUGGGCCCUGGCCCCACCCCUAGCCUCCCCGAUCAGGAGCCGAGACACUGCCUGAGGUGUGGGAGGGACUGGCCCAAAUUGCAGCCUGUGGUAGGAGUUGGACCAACUGUAUAUAGUUUUCAAUAAACUUUCUCUUUUUCUGGUCUCUGGCA